AUGAGUAGAGCCGUUUUGCAACCAUUUGAAGAGUAUUAAAAGUCAAGAGUAUAAUUCGUUUAGACUGUAGCAGUCUUAGCUAGAAAGCCUCAAAAUAUUGAAGCUCUUCAAGCAGCAGGAGUUAUGGCUUUGUUGAAACCUCUGUUAUUAGAUAAUGUACCAUCAAUUUAAUAAAGUGCCGCACUUGCAUUAGGUCGUUUAGCAAAUUAUUCUGAAGAUCUAGCUGAAGCAGUAGUUUCUGCAGAUAUUUUGAAUUAGCUAGUUUUAUCUCUUUCAGAAUAAAACAGAUUCUAUAAAAAGGCUGCAGCUUUUGUCUUGAGAGCAGUUGCCAAACAUUCAGUUUCACUUGCAUAAAAUGUAGUUGAUUCAGGUGCUCUUGAUGCAUUAGUAGUUUGUUUAGAAGAAUUUGAUCCUUCAGUCAAGGAAGCUGCUGCCUGGGCUCUUUCAAAUAUUGCCAAGCACUCUGCUGAGCUUGCCCAAAGUGUUGUUGAUGUUGGUGCUGUUCCACUCUUAGUCCUUUGUAUCUAAGAACCCGAAACUGCUCUUAAGAGAGUAUCAGCCGGUGCUCUUGGUGAAAUAUGCAGACAUUCAUAGGAACUUGCCUAACACGUUGUUGAUGCAGGUGCUGUUCCUUUCUUGAGUGCUUUAAUUCCUCACCACGAUGCUCCUUUAAAGAGACAAGUUUGCAAUUGCUUAGGUUAUAUUGCAAGACACACUAUUGAUUUAGCCGAAAACGUUGUUGAAGCUGAAAUCUUCCCUAAAAUUUUAUACAGAUUAAAGGAUUAAGACCCUCUUGUAAGAAAGUUUGCUGCUACUUGUAUUCGUGAAAUUGCUAAGUAAUCUUAAGAUCUCUCUAAGCUCAUUUGCAAUGCUGGUGGUGCAGUUGCCAUCGUUGACUACAUUAAUGAAGCUAGAGAUUAAGCUAGACUUCCUGGUAUCAUCACUUUGGGUUACAUUUCAGCUUUCGAUGAAUCACUUGCCAUGAGUGUUAUUUCUGCUAAAGGUAUUGCUCCUCUUAAGGAUGCUUUGAUUAACGAAAAGUCAGAUUUAGUUUAAGCCUCAGCUGCUUGGACUCUUGGAUAAAUUGGUGGCCACAGUCCUGAUCAUGCUAGAGCUAUGGCUGAAGCCGAUAUUCCAAGCACUCUUUUAACUGUUUAUAAAUUCAAGGAUAGCAGCGAAGAUCUUAAGAAGAAGUGCAAGAAGGCCUUAAAGAGCAUUCUCCAAAUGUGCAGCUUCUUAAGCGCUCUUGAACCCCUCAUCUCUGAAUCACCUGAUGAUAUUUUAUAAUACGUCUUACAUCAAUUUGCUAAAACCCUUCCUCACGACAACUAAGCCAAGAAAAACUUCGUUUUAUCAGAAGGAUUAAAGAAGAUUUAAGAAAUUAAAGCCGCUCCUGGAUCUAAGCUUCGUUAAUACAUCGAUACUAUAAACUAACUCUAUCCUCAAGAAAUUAUCUAAUUCUACUCUCCAGGCUACGAAUAAACUCUUCUUAAAAAGCUCGAAGACUACAACACUGCAGAUUGA